CAGGUUCCAACACAAGCCUUCCGCAUCUCCCUGCCGAUCCACGACCUCACUGCUACCGUCAAGCUCGGCUUGCCGCAUGUCGAGACCACGACGACGGACCUGGUCUCGUGGGUCACUGACACGCCCCCCCAUUCUGCCUCGCCAAGAGGCCCCGGUCAAUCCAAGAUUGCCAUCGUGGGAAUGUCAUGCCGGAUGCCCAGCGGCGCAACCGACACGGAGAAGUUCUGGGAGCUGUUGGAGAAGGGCUUAGACGUCCAUCGCAAGAUUCCCGCCGACCGAUUCGAUGUUGACUCGCACUACGAUCCGGCGGGUAAGAAUGUCAAUGCCAGUCAUACGCCGUAUGGCUGUUUUAUCGACGAGCCUGGCCUGUUCGAUGCGCCUUUCUUCAACAUGAGCCCACGCGAAGCGCAGCAAACAGAUCCCAUGCAACGCCUUGCCAUCGUGACGGCAUACGAGGCUCUGGAGCGAGCAGGCUAUGUGCCCAACCGUACUGCCUCGUCCAAUCUGCACCGCGUCGGGACGUUUUACGGGCAGGCUAGCGACGACUAUCGCGAAGUGAACACGGCCCAGGAGAUCAGCACUUACUUUAUCCCUGGCGGCUGUAGAGCAUUUGGUCCAGGCCGGAUCAACUACUUUUUCAAGUUCUCGGGCCCGAGCUACAGCAUUGACACGGCCUGUUCGUCCAGUCUGGCCACCAUCCAGGCUGCUUGCACGUCUCUCUGGAACGGCGAGACAGACACCGUCGUGGCAGGAGGGAUGAAUGUGCUGACCAACUCGGACGCAUUCGCCGGCCUCAGUCACGGCCACUUUCUGUCCAAAACGCCAAACGCGUGCAAGACAUGGGAUGCCGAGGCAGACGGCUACUGCCGUGCUGAUGGCAUCGGCUCCAUUGUUAUGAAGCGCCUGGAAGAUGCUGAGGCAGACAACGACAACAUCAUCGGUGUUAUCCUGGGCGCAGGCACCAACCACUCGGCCGAGGCAGUCUCCAUCACGCAUCCGCAUGCGGGCGCCCAGGCAUAUCUCUCGAGCAGAGUGUUAGCGGCAGCCGGCGUCAACCCUCUCGACGUCAGCUACGUCGAGAUGCACGGAACCGGGACGCAAGCCGGCGACCGUGAGGAGAUUCAGUCGGUCUCGAGCGUCUAUGCACCUAUCACCGGCAACCGGCGCAGUUCCAAGCAGCCUCUGUAUAUCGGCGCCGUCAAAGCAAACGUGGGCCACGGUGAGGCUGUUGCCGGUGUCACGGCCUUGCUCAAGGUCUUGCUCAUGUUCGAGAAGGAGGCAAUCUCGCCCCAUGUUGGCGUCAAGACGGCCAUCAAUCCCAACUUUCCCAAGGACCUGGACAAGAGGAACCUGCGCAUUCCGUGGGAGAAGACCCCCUGGGUCCGCAGCCCGGACAGAAAGCGCAUCGCCGCCAUCAACAACUUCAGCGCUGCCGGUGGCAACACCACCCUUCUGAUCGAAGAAGGCCCUGUGCGACCAGCUGAGCGCGGCCCAGAUCCUCGCGGCAGCACUCACGUCGUCACCAUCUCGGCCAAGAGCAAGGUGUCUCUGCGAGGCAACCUGGAACGCUAUCUUGCUUACCUGGAGAAGCACCCUGACGUGCGGCUAGCUGACCUGUCGUAUACAACAACGGCAAGACGGCACCACCACAAUCACAGAGUGGCCGCGGCAGCGUCCGGCGUCGACGAAAUAAAAAAGCAACUGAACUCGUACAUCAAGUCGGUCGACUCUCACAAGCCCAUCCCAACAACCGGUGCGCCGUCGGUCAUCUUCUCCUUCACAGGUCAGGGAUCAGCGUACAAGUCGUCCAACUACGAACUCUUCCACGUCUCGCCGACCUUUAGGGAUGAGAUUCUGCGCCUCGACACACUGGCACAGGGCCACGGCUUCCCUUCUUUUGUUCCGGCCAUCGACGGCAGCCACGCUCAGGACUACCAACACUCGCCCGUGGUAACCCAGCUGGCUCUGGUUGCGACCGAGAUUGCUCUGGCAAAGUACUGGGCCAGCCUGGGCAUCAAGCCAGAAGUCGUCGUGGGCCAUAGCCUGGGCGAAUACGCCGCCUUGCAGGUCGCCGGCGUUCUUUCGGCCCACGAUGCAAUCUUCCUUGUCGGCAGACGCGCCAAGCUGUUGGAGGAGAAGUGCCAAACUGGAAGCCACAAGAUGCUUGCCGUACGAGCCUCACUCGCCCAGAUCGAGCAAGUUGCUGCCGGCAAACCAUACGAGGUCGCAUGCCUCAAUGGGCCCAAGGAGACGGUCCUCAGCGGCACGGCCGAGGAGAUCCAGCAUCUCGUUGCGCCCUUGGAGGCAGCGGGUUACAAGAGCACAGUCCUGGAUGUCGCCUUUGCCUUCCACUCCGCCCAGAUGGAUCCGAUUCUCGGCGACUUCGAGGAGCUCGCCGGGACGGGCGUCAUCUUCCACGCGCCUAACAUCCCCGUUAUCUCACCACUGCUUGGAAAGGUCGUCUUUGACGAGAGGACCUUGGAUGCCAACUAUCUGCGCCGUGCUACGAGAGAGACGGUCAACUUCCUGGCUGCGCUUGAGACAGCGCAGAACAUCCAGAUCAUUGAUGAGAGCAUGGCCUGGAUUGAGAUCGGACCACACCCGGUCAGUACGAGCUUCGUCAAGGCGACGCUGCCGUCUGCGGGUAUCACGGUCCCGUCGCUGCGCCGCGGCGAGGACAACUGGGUAACGCUCGCCAAGAGCCUUGCGGCGCUGCAUGCCGCUGGAGUCGAGAUCGGGUGGAACGAAUUCCAUCGGCCGUUUGAGAAGACGCUCCGGCUCCUGGACCUGCCCACAUACGCGUGGAACGAUAAGACGUACUGGAUCCAGUACAACGGGGACUGGGCCUUGACCAAGGGAAACACCUUUUACGACGAGAAGAAGCGCCAGCAGGCCGCCCUAGCAGCGCCUCCGGUCUCACCCUCCAGCUUCCUUACCUCGACCGUGCAACAGAUUGUCGAGGAAUCUUUCAAUGGAGCUGCAGGUACGGUGGUCAUACGGUCCGACCUCAUGCAACCGGACUUUCUCGCAGCGGCAUACGGGCACAAGAUGAAUGGUUGCGGCGUAGUGACGUCGUCCAUCCACGCCGACAUCGCCUUCACCCUCGGCACAUAUCUCUACCAGAAACUCAAGUCCACCUCCAAGGUCCCGUCCCUCAACAUCGCCAACCUCGAAGUCCGCAAGGGCCUGGUCGCGCAGAAGAACACCAAGACGCCGCAGUUCAUUCGCGUCUCCAUCUCGACCGGGGACAUUGGCACCAACCACGCGCAGCUGGCAUGGCACAACCUCCUCCGGGACGGCACCACGGCCGCUGACGACGGCGAGUCCUUUGCUACGGCCGACCUGUACUACGGCAGCGCGGCCGAGUGGCUGGGCGCGUGGGCGCCGCUGGCACACCUCGUGCAGGGGCGCAUCGACGCGCUCGAGCAGCUGGCCGCGGCCGGCGCCGCCAACCGUUUCUCGCACGCCAUGGCCUACCGCCUGUUCGCCGCCAGCCUGGUCAACUACGCGCCCAAGUACCGCGGCAUGCAGUCGGUGGUGCUGCACGGGCUCGAGGCAUUUGCCGACGUGACGCUUGCCGGCGGCGCCGGUACUGGUAGUGACAAGGCAGGCGGUGGUGGCGGUGGCGUAUGGACGGUGCCGCCGUUCUUCAUCGACAGCGUGGCGCACCUGGCCGGAUUCGUCAUGAACGUGUCGGACGCGGUCGACACGGCCGCGGAUUUCUGCGUCACGCCCGGCUGGGGCUCCAUGCGCUUUGCCCGCCCGCUCACGGCCGGCGAGCGGUACCGGUCGUACGUCAAGAUGAUUCCGACGGCCGAGGAUCCGUCGGUGUAUCUGGGCGAUGUCUAUGUCCUGCACGAGGGCGUGAUUGUCGGGCUGGUCGGCGGCAUCAAGUUUCGGAGGUACCCGCGGCUGUUGCUGAGCAGGUUCUUCUCGGCGCCCGACGAGGCAAAGGAGCAUGCGGCGCCGGCGGCUGGCGCGCAUCGGGCGGCACCGGCAACCAAGGAGAAGGCUGCGGUUGCGGAGGCCGCUCCGAAGGCGACUACCAUCGUCGCCCCUCGGGCUCCCUCCGUUCCACCGGCUUCAGCGCCGCCCCCGGCUUCUUCUCCCGCUCCUGCUCCUGUCCGGGGUGCUGCUUCUGACCCGGACGAGUCUGCGGCUCCGGCGGUUGACACCGAGAGCACCGCUAUCAAGGCAUUGAUCCUGGUUGCGAACGAGGCCGGCCUCGAGCUCGAAGACCUGCAAGACGACGCUUCGUUCCCCAGCUUGGGCAUUGACAGCCUGAUGAGCCUAGUGAUUGCGGAGAAAUUCCGCGAGGAGCUGGGCAUUACGGUAGGAGGAAGUCUUUUCUUGGAGUACCCAACGGUGGGAGAUUUGAAAGCUUGGCUGCUAGAAUACUACAACUAGGUAGAUUGGAUUUCCGGGUUGUCGCGCUGGAGGAGGCUUCGCUGCUAUUAUUACCUUACUAUUUCGUGUUGCCGU